GGUUAAGUUAUUGUUUCUCAUUGGCUAUGUUUUGUUGAUCUUUGAAUCCGUAAUUUUGACAGGCUCCUAAAUUGACGUGUCGGAUUGAGUCAUUUGCUAGGAUUUGUCAGACCUUUGAUGAAAGAACGUCUAAGUGGGUUCAGAAGAUGGGAUUUGGCAUCCUCCUAAAUUUACCAUCUGAUUUGCAAAUUCCAAGGCAGCUUGGAUAUUGGAUACUAAGCUGCAUUGAUCCUUUAAGUAAAAAAUUGAUAGGUACUAAUGGAAAACAGUUCGAAUUUUCAAAGAACCUACUGCAUUGGAUAUUUGGCAUUCCUUAUAGAAGGUUACCUGUGCCAACCAAGAAAUCAAUGAACCCUGAAAUGAGACUCAAGAUAUUCCAGAUUUUGGGAAAGUAUGGAAAAUCUUGGGAGUGUAAGUCCAGCAAGUUUGUUGGGCAUACGUAUACAUCAAUCGGAAUUCCUAUGAACAGUAUUCUGUUGGAUAGGUUGGAGGGUUAUUGGGAGGAUAACGAUAAAGAAGAAUUUAAGACCUUAUUCCUAUUGGUGUCUUUGCAAAUGGUGCUAUGUCCCACAUAGUCUUCGCGAUUAGCUAGUGAUCUUGUUCCAGCACUAACUUGUGCUUCAAAUUGUGCCAAUUAUGAUUGGUGUAGGCUUGUAUUGGGCAAAUUGAUGGAGAGUAUUUUAAGCUUUGCCCGUAGGUUUUAUGCGUUUGGCUAUGCUAGGGGUUGUGGUUGCUGCACCAUGUUCUUAGUGGUAAAUGUUAUAUUUUUUUUUUUUUUUUGUGUUUUGUUUCAAUCAUGCUACAUUACGCUAUGGUACUUACUUGUUGUACCACACACACAUUUUUUAUUUGGACAGGUUAAAUAGGGAUCCAGUGGAAUGGGGAGUUUUCCCACAUAUAAAGGUUUGGAAUAUGAACCACAUUAGAAAUGCUGCAAAAGAUGACAGGAUUAUUGCAACUGGAAAUUUUGGAAACUUAGGGAUGUUAGAUGUGGCGUAUGGUGAACAACACCCUCUGUUGGCCAGGGAUAGUGAUGGACCAGUGGCCACUAAUGAGUAUAUGGAGGAUGUUGGUGGUAGUCGCUCGGUUAGGAAUCUGAAAAGGAGAAGGGCAAGGAGGAGGUGCAAAACUCUGUUUGCUCGUACAUCUAACAAAGAUGGAUGCCCUGACGCAAAUGAAGGACUUUCUGAUAUUCCAUUCUGGAAGAAGUAUGGUUCAAGUUAGGUGCGUAUCCAUAACGUUUCCAACUUUUGUCUAUCAUGCGUCCUGCUUGAUUGACCCCUACUAUUAUUUAUUUUUAUUUUUUGUUGCGCAGGACCAUUUGAAGCCCUCUGUGGUAUCCCCAUUACCACUUUGUGAGGUGACCAUAUUUGUACAUGGCCCAAAACGAUAGUGGUCGUUUCCUUUGCAAAACACGGCUUUUAAUAGGAAAACAUCAACCACUGUUGCUUCUGCUUUGUUCAUUUCAUUGAGUCGAGCUGAAAUUGUUGUACUUUAAUCGGGCCUGCCUUGUUUUAGUUGAAAAGCACUUAGGAGGCUGGUGCAUUUUGAGUUGUUGUACUCGUCAAAGCUGGUAUAAUCUUUACCCAUCAUUUCAUACGCAUACUAAAUUUUAUCCUUUUUGUAUAGCUGGAAGAAUUGCAUGGGAUGGUGGAAGAUGGAGCACUACGAUACAUUUCAAGCAUGUCAGGAUGGAGUAUUAGGAUUCCCAACAACAACCCCGUUCUCCGCCGGCAUUAAGCAUCAGAGUGUUAGUGGAUAUUCCCAAUAAGCACUAAUGUAGUGUUAGUGGAUAUUCCCAAUUAGGAUUUUCAAUUCUGAUUAGCCGUUUUUUGUUAAUUUUCCAUUCCUUGUAAGUCAUGUCAUUUAGUCAUAAUUGAAAUUAUUUAGAUUCCAUAAAUCGCUUGCAAGAAUAAGAUUAUAGAGAUUUUUAUAAAGGGCCAAAACAUUGGAUUGGCCCAAUUAAUUAAGUAAUGCCUGCCCAUCACUAAUAGCUUGUCCAACAUUGGUUGUUACAUUUUGCUUUAGAAGAUAUGGCCUAACCCAGCAACAAAAAGGGAAACAUAAAGAACAAAAGGAUUAUAUUACAAAUGGGCCAAACCCAACUACAAAAAGUUACACUACUGCGCUGGGCUGCCUUCUUCAUGGACUUCCUAAAUACUAUAGUGCAAGGAUGGACUUCCCUAAAGCUACGAUUCUUGAUGGACUUCCCAAAAGUUACAAUUCAUGAUGGACUAUCCAAAUGUUGCAAUUCAUUUCAUUAUCUCCUUCCAUUUCAAACUUGACUUCCUUUGUGAAAGUAAUGAUCACAAUUCCUCUAUUAACCCUGACAGUUGGUUCGCCGCAGACCCUAUAUGCAUUCAGAUGGCGGCUUAUAACCGGGCCAUGUGUACCGACACGCGUGUUUCCGUGAGGAAUAUGGCAUCUGGCAUAUUCAUCUUAAUAAGCUUACAUAUGUUUGGCAU